UCCGCGCCAGCGCUGAUGCCUGCUAGCUUGUCGGAGGUUAGCAGCUACGCACGCAGUCGGUUGUGGUAGAAUGCGCCCGACGGGAGUCAGGGAGGACUUGACGACCGCAGCCUCUGACUUCCUCGACCUGUCUCUGCAUCACUGCAGCUCCGUCGGGUAGAACGACUCCUCCACAUCGCACCAUCUGCGUAAGGGCUGACCCCACCCGCCCCCACCCCCCAGCACCACACCCUUCUAACGACCUGUGAGUGAACGGUGCUCCCGCCGCAGAAGAAGAUCCUCUGCCAACGUCCUUCACCAAAGAGAGACCAUGUAUUGUCUACAGUGGCUGCUGCCCGUGCUGCUCAUCCCCAAACCGCUCAACCCGGCGCUGUGGUUCAACCACUCCAUGUUCAUGGGCUUCUACCUGCUCAGCUUCCUGCUGGAGAGGAAGCCGUGCACCAUCUGCGCCUUGGUCUUCCUCGCGGCCCUCUUCCUCAUCUGCUACAGCUGCUGGGGCAACUGCUUCCUGUACCACUGCCAGGACGCCGCGCUGCCGGACGCCGCCCACGACCCAGCCAUAGUCGGAACCUAGGAGGGGAAAAGACGGGG